GACCAACCAGCUCUGACCUUGGCCUCACACGGGGCAACUUGGACUCGAGCUUUCUUCAACCUCAACUGGAAGCCGACUCUAUCAUCGCUUCUAUGAAUUUCUAGCCGCCAGAUCACACCUCCUUCUUGUCUGUCCUCACUCACUGGAUAUCCUUAUCAUAGAAAGAAAAACCGUCCGGUGCCCGCCUCACUUGGCGCCUGCUACACUCUGUCCAGAUCUUGACUACCACCACCACCACCUUCCAAGUCCCUUGCUCAACUACACCUUUGACUUUUAAAAGUAGGCAGUGGCAAUUUCCAACUUUCCAACUCUUUGCACAACAUUCGCACCUAGUGUCUCGACACUCCUCAAUCGCGGACUCCUAGGAUUCUCCUUCACCAGCUAGGGUCAGUCUGUGGAUUCACUGUCCGCUGCCUGUCACAGAGCUGCACCACUGUGGCCCCUCGCACGACCCGAACUUUCACAGUUUAAGCGAGGUUUUUAACGUUGAACCGUAUCUUCGGCCUGACCUCACCUCCACUACAACCCAUCUCAACGACUCGACAGCACAACUCGGAACCUACCGAAAAGAUGCCUUCUGCCACAGAUGAUGCUCCCAAACAGGAGUCCAGGCUGCUUCUGAUCUCGAAUCGUCUCCCAAUCACCAUCAAGCGUUCCACCGACGGCAAGUAUGAUUUCUCAAUGUCAUCAGGCGGACUAGUCACAGGUCUCAGCGGUCUAGCCAAGAGCACUACCUUCCAGUGGUAUGGCUGGCCGGGUCUGGAAAUCCCUAAGGAUGAGAUCGGCGACGUGUGUAGCAAACUGAAAGACGAAUUCAAUGCUGUUCCGGUGUUUAUGGAUGAUGAGCUGGCCGACAGACACUACAAUGGCUUUUCCAACUCCAUCAUGUGGCCUUUGUUCCACUAUCACCCGGGUGAGAUCACCUUUGACGAGUCUGCCUGGCAAGCUUACACCGAGGCCAACCGCUUGUUUGCUCGCACCGUUGCCAAAGAUGUCCAAGAUGGUGACCUGAUCUGGGUGCACGACUACCAUUUGAUGCUCCUCCCUCAGAUGCUUCGUGAGGAGAUUGGCACGUCAAAAUCCAAUGUCAAAAUCGGCUUCUUCUUACAUACUCCGUUCCCAUCCAGUGAAAUCUACCGGAUCCUACCCGUUCGGAAUGAGAUCCUCCUCGGCGUCCUCCACUGCGACCUGAUAGGAUUCCAUACUUAUGACUAUGCACGACACUUCCUUAGCAGCUGCUCUCGGAUCCUAGGACUGACGACGACUCCUAAUGGUGUUGAAUUCGAAGGCAAAGUCGUCACAGUUGGCGCUUUCCCCAUUGGUAUUGACCCUGACAAAUUCACGGAAGGCCUCAAGAAAGAGAAAGUCCAGAAACGAAUCCAGGCGUUACAAGAGAGAUUUAAAGGAAUCAAACUCAUUGUAGGAGUGGACCGUCUCGAUUAUAUCAAAGGUGUUCCCCAGAAACUUCACGCACUCGAAGUCUUCCUCACGGACCAUCCUGAAUGGAUUGGAAAGGUUGUGUUGGUGCAGGUGGCUGUACCCAGUCGGCAAGAUGUCGAAGAGUAUCAAAAUCUCCGCGCUGUAGUCAAUGAACUGGUCGGGCGAAUCAACGGAAAAUUUGGCACGGUAGAGUUCAUGCCCAUUCACUUUAUGCACAAGUCAGUGAACUUCGACGAGCUGAUUGCGCUGUACGCUGUCUCUGACGUCUGCCUCGUCUCAUCCACUCGAGACGGUAUGAACUUGGUUUCAUUCGAAUACAUCGCAACGCAAGAGGAAAGACAUGGUGUCUUGAUCUUAUCCGAAUUUGCUGGUGCCGCCCAGAGUCUGAACGGUAGUAUCUUGGUCAACCCCUGGAACACCGAGGAGCUGGCUGGCGGAAUUCAAGAAGCUGUCACCAUGAGUCCAGAGCACCGCGCCAUCAACUAUGCAAAAUUGCACAAAUAUGUGUCCAAGUAUACCAGUGCUUUCUGGGGACAGUCUUUCGUGGCAGAGUUGACAAGAAUAUCGGCUCAAGGCGAGAAGAAAUUGAAGGCAAGACGUGCAUCUCUGGUACGGAAUCCAACCCAGACUUCUGUUCCUCAGACCACAGAGCCAGAACAAACAGACAAUGCAUCUAAACCUGCUGAGGCAGAUGGAGUCGAGGGCGAACACGGCGAUACUGUUCCCGAACAGGCUGAUCCUGCAUUGCGGUCGAAUACUAACUAAGGCCUUGUCGUUCUGUUCAUUUGCACAGAAAAGGCGCUGGGCCGUAUUAUGCUAGACGGAAGCAUGGCUGGAAUCAAUAGACUGGAACCAAUCCUCUAUGGAUUAUUCAGAAUUGCAAUGCAUCAUGUACGGAAGACGUUCACAGUUCACUCGGCGUAGAGACAGCGGCAAAUUUUAGGUGAUAGACUUAGAAGGGAGCUCUUUAUUGAACUUCUAAUUCGCAUAAUUGUUUC